UCGUCAGCAGCAGCAAGGGAUGUGGGCACUACUAGGUGUGGUAGCCUUAGCUACAUCUGCCAGUGCAUGCUGGUCAAGCAUCACAACCGUUAGCGGGACCCACGCGCCUGAAACCGUUUGCUCUGGCAGCAUUAUAUUCGCUGAUGACUUCCAAGAGUUUGAUCUUGAGAAAUGGCAACAUGAGAACACGUUGGCUGGAGGCGGUAAUUGGGAGUUCCAGUACUACAGCAAUAACAGGACUAACUCAUAUACACGCGAUGGAAUACUCUACAUCAAGCCUUCAUUAACGUCAGAUCAGUUUGGUGAACAUUUCCUCACAAGUGGUCUCCUUAACGUCGAAGGAGGCGCACCUGCUGAUAGAUGUACCAAUCCACAAUGGUACGGUUGCGAACGUCAAGGGACACCAACCAAUAUUUUAAACCCAAUCAAAAGUGCUCGGUUACGUACAGUAAAUUCAUUCAGUUUUCGGUAUGGCCGAGUCGAAGUUAGAGCUAAGAUGCCCGCUGGUGAUUGGUUAUGGCCAGCAAUCUGGCUGAUGCCAGCAUAUAAUGCAUACGGUUCAUGGCCGUCAUCAGGAGAGAUCGAUUUGGUAGAAUCCCGCGGUAAUCGUAACAUGUUUUCGAAUGGGGUUCACAUCGGAACACAGGAGGCUGGCUCUACUCUCCACUAUGGACCAUAUCCAGAAUUAAAUGGAUGGGAACGUGCUCAUUGGCUUAGAAGGAACAGCAAUGGUUACGACGGAGCCUUCCAUCGGUAUCAACUAGAAUGGACUCCAGAGUACAUAAGAUUUAGCAUCGAUGAUGUAGAACUGGGUAGAGCGACACCCGGGAACGGAGGUUUCUGGGAAUAUGGUGGCUUUAAUAGGAACCAAAACAUUCUCAAUCCUUGGAGAUAUGGCAGCAAAAUGGCACCUUUCGAUCAAAAAUUCUAUAUAAUCAUAAACCUAGCAGUCGGUGGCACUAAUGGUUUCUUCCCUGAUGGUGUUGUAAAUCCAAGCCCUAAACCAUGGUGGAAUGGAUCGCCAACGGCGCCAAGAGACUUUUGGAACGCAAGAAACAAUUGGCUUCCAACAUGGAACCCUAAUGUUAAUAAUGGUGAAGAUGCUGCUCUACAGGUCGACUAUGUACGUGUCUGGGCGUUGUAAAAUAAAUAUCUUGUAAUAU